AUUUAUUGAUACAGCAUAAUAAAGUUACAGUAUUUAAAAACACAAUUAACAAUGAAAAUAAUCGUGUAUAUGAUGAUAAACGUGGUUGCAUUAUAUGGGUGUGGCGUUUGGGCCGACUAUUCCGAUACCGUUGUUGUGACCGACGGUUUGGCGGACGAUAUAUUUGAAUGCGACGCCACUAUUGCAGAGGAUGUCGUCCAUUGUCUGAAACUACAUCUGCCCGAAGACAUCGAUGCAUCAAAUGUGGUCGAGUAUGGCUGCUGUAUGAUGUAUAACAAUCACUAUUGUACUGUUAAGACUGCUAAGGCUAAAUGCGAUCACGUGCAUUUCCUCUUGAAGAAAUCCCUAGAAGACGAGAAACGUGAUAAUAGUUUUGAAGAUUGUAAAGAUUUUCAACAAUGCAACAAUAAAUCAGCUAAAAUCAAACCCGGAAAUAUUGAUAUGUAA